AUGCUUGUGUACCCGAGUUCUAACCACGGUCUCAUAGGAUAUAGGUCUUCAUCUACUUGUGGUUACUGCCGCCGACGUGCACCUCAGACCGGUCAGUCUUGGAAACGGCAUUCCUUCUACGUACGAGCAUCGUCCAUGAGCCCUACCUUCUAUCAAUCGCUGAUAGACCGAUCUUGGAGACGCUCAGGGAAAUUACUCUACAGGCCGAACCAGCGCGACUCAUGCUGUCCUCAUUACACAUUGCGACUAGACUCAAGUCAAGUCCAGCUUGCAAAAGACCAACGUGCAGCCAUCAACAGAUUCAAUAAGUAUAUCCUUGGUGAUGAUUAUAUCAGACAGUCUGCCCGUCUAUACCCUCGAUCACGCGAGGAGUCCAAGAAACGUGACCGUGAGUUUGAUCUUGUUGAGAGGAUCCAUGAGGCAGAAGUAGCAUCUUUAAAGACUCCGCCAAAACCUGCACACAGGUUCGAGGUCACUUUAGAGUCAGAUGACUUUACAGAAGAGAAGUAUGCAGUAUUCGAAAACUAUCAGCGUAUCGUCCAUCAAGAGAGCACGUCGGAUAUCUCACGUGACGGGUUCAAGCGGUUUCUUUGCGACUCACCCCUUCGAAAUGAAGUGUUCAGAUCCACGAACGGUGAUGAGAGGCCGGUGGGGUCUUUCCAUCAAUGCUAUCGACUUGAUGGUAAACUGGUUGCUGUGGGUGUUUUAGAUCUACUUCCUCAGUGUGUAAGCGCCAAAUACUUUCUCUACCACGAGUCUAUUCACAAGUUCCAACCGGGCAAGCUUGGGGCGUUGUAUGAAAUUGCAUUGGCAGCAGAGAAGGGAUACCGCUACUGGUAUUCCGGCUUUUACAUCCAUACCUGCCCGAAGAUGCGAUACAAGAUCGAUUUCAAGCCGCAAUAUGUGCUGGAUCCGGAUCAUCAUGUCUGGCUGCCACUUGACAAAGAGGCCCUUAAGCUUUUUGAUGAAAAAGGGUAUCUGCACCUUCCGUCGGCUCCACCUCAACUUCAUUCAAAUAUCGAUCCGAGAACUGAGAAUACUCCGAUCGAAGUUGGAGAUUCACAUGCUAUGGACGAAAACGAUGAUGCAGAGGACGACGAUGAUGGUGACGACGAUGACGACGAUGACGACAAGCCUUUACUGGCAAGCAAUAUGCCUGGGCUACCAUCUCUAGAUGUCUUGCAGCGAAUUCCCCUCGACAUCAUACCUGUUCGACUGAAGUAUGGCAUGCUGUCUGCCGGGGAUGUUUUUCAAUGGGAGGACGAAGACAUCACCGAUGCGAAAACUGCAAAGGGUAUGAUCGCGGAGCUCGUGGCUGCUACAGGCCCUGAUCUUAUGUUGCAAUGGGCACUAGACUUCCGGCGAUGA